CUCCUGUAUCUCGCCUCAAGAUCUCUUGGAUUACUCCUUGCGUCAUUGGACUAUGCUCUGAAGAUGUCCGACUUCUCUAGUAUGUCGCCCUCAACAGGGCCGCCGCGGUCGCCUCUGUUUGGUACUGCAACGUUCUCGACCCUCUCGCCUACUCAAACACCCAUGUCUCCCUCAAGAUUUUCUUCGUCCUUCCGUUCUGCCACACCAGUCGCCUCGUCUUACGACAGCGACGAUGCCUCGUCCGGCCGGCAGAUGCGUCGAAUUGUUGUAUCACCCUCGCCAACGUCAAGAGGUUCCGAAGCCUAUACUUAUGAUGAAGAGGACUCCAUCAACGAUGCAGCUGAAGUGGAGGCCGAACUCGCACAAAUCAACGAUGACAUCGACGACUUUCUGUCCGAAGUGUCGCGCAACUCCUCCAGAGAGGCCUCCACAUACACGUCGUACACCGGCCCUUCUACAUACACCUCCUACACUGGUCCCUCGACGUAUACUACGCGCACUGACAGCGUCUCGAAUGCCGGGUCGGGGACGUCUGGCAACCACCGCUCUGCAGCUGGAACCAUGUCUAUGGCUGAGCGCGGACCGCGCGUACUCAGCACCAUAUCAGAGCACACAGAAAAUACGCCUUCGCGACCUUCUUCUUAUCCCUCUGCUGGCGAUGGCAACCGUCUUUCAGCCCACAUUGAAGGUGUAGUGUCUCACGUUCGCUCUGCCACUGAGCCGUCCCAAGCGACGCAGCCUCCGCGUCCGCUUCCGUCUACGCCCGGCCCAAAGGUAGGGGAGCGUAUCGCAUUCUUCGAAGAUCGUACGGCCGCCUCUUCUGGGAGCCCCGCGCCAUUGUUCGGUCACACCAGAAUGGCGUCCGCGCCGUCGGCCAUUCGGUCCCCUAGUCCCUUUACGACGACGCAGAGUCGCUCAAUGCCAACCUUGAGUAGCACCGGGUAUGGUUAUGGGACGACGACGGGCUAUGGGAGCACUACAUACGGCUCACGGCCUUCCUCUCGCACAGGCUCCGCGGCUUCGUACUCGGGGCUUAACACCACAAUGUCUUCCAUGCUGUCACCGCCGCCUCACAGCGCUUUGUCCUGGGAUUCACGCGACCCUACGAGCACUGCGGAAACGACCCUCACCACUCGCACACCCGUCUCUGGGAGCACCUAUACGGCGUCAGGAACUGAGACGGGGACCUAUACGAAUCCGAGCUCCAACACGUUCUCCAACACACUCACGAGCUUCGUUGAUACAACGACGACCCCGACGGCGCCGUCGCUCACUCCACGCCAGAUGUCGCCGAACGAUCGCACAGCGCUGAGCCAAGUGCGGAACGUUAUCAACCGAUGGAAGGAACGCACGCCUUCGAUGGCCAAGUCAGAACGCUCGACGACUUCGCCGUCGCCCACGCAGAGCGACGGUCUCUUCAGCAUCCGGCGCCGGGCCAGUAGGGGCAGCGCGAGGCUCAGAGAUCGCGCACUCCAGGCUGGGAACAGGAAUGGCGGCAGGAGGGCGAGCGACCCAGUCUCGACUACCGGCUUGGAUGAGAGCGGAAGCGGCUCUCUCAGCACCAGUGGACUGCUUCCGCCUCCGUUCGACAUCAACGAGAUGGGACAGUACGUAGGAGCUCCAGAGGCUCAGGAGGUAAGUAUCCACGAUUAA